AUGAUACUCCUCAACGGCAUGCUCACUGAUGCCAACCUCCCCGGAGUGGAGAAGGUUUGCGUGACAAUGGUGCACAGCAUUUGGCUGGAGGUGCCAAUGCACAAGGUGUCCAAGGAGGACAUCGGAUAUGAAGGAGAUCUUGCGGGGCCUGGAUGCACCUUUAUGGUCAAAGGACCUUCUCUACAAUCCACGCUAGUGACAACGGCAGACUUGACUCAGCUCAUCAACACCAACAGAGGAAUUUGGAUUCCAUGGAAAGCCGAGCUGACAAACACGGUUCCGCUGCUGCGACUUUUGGUCAACAGGCUUUCUCAACAGUUGCUCCAGACGACAUGGCAACAGUGCCAGCUGCAAGUCGAUGCCGACAUGAUGAAGCUCAAAGAUUGGCAGAAGGAGUUCCAUCUCUACGCCCAACAGCAGGUGCAGCAAAGAGGAGUGGGCGCCACGGUGAAUAUCAUAAAGCAGCUCAUCAGCGGAGCGGCCAAGGAACCACAAAAUCUGUUGGUGGUCGACUUGCUGCCUUCGAGGUUCGCAGAAUGGUCUUUGGCGUGCUGGGAGAUUCAGCAAGCCUUUCUGCUGGAUGAGGACUCCAGCCUUAAUGUUCGAUUCUUGGGUGUCUAUCAUGAUGAUAAUGCAAAGGAUCUUUCAACAUCCUGUGAUGCAUUGGCUGGAAAAGCGCUCUCUGGCUUCUGGGACAAGUCUGACAAGGCCGGCCCCAAGUCCCGUGCCUCGAGCCCCUUUCACAGGGAGCUCCCCACCCUGGAGUGCUUGGCAAUCGUGGAAGGGGAAAUCAAGCUCUUUGCACGCGUUAGUUGGUCGCUUCAGCAGACCUUGGCAGAGUUCCAGGUGUCCACUGAUGGGACAAAUCGAUCCCUGCAGUACCGCUACGUCGUCACCCCGAGCACCAUGGUCAAUGCAUUUAAGGGCAAGGACCUGGUCAAGGAGCAACCCGAUGUGAACAAGUUCCGGGCACCCCAGCUGGGUGCGUUAUUCAAUGGGCGACUCUCGCAGCUGCCUCGGGGAAAGAAUGCCAGCGUCGUUUGGGAG